AACCAAAUCCCCUCUUCUCUUCUCCCACCUCGGAAUCUCCUCUCAAUUCAAUCCUCCAGACAGAGCCAUGUCCAUUCCCCUUUCCUUCAACCCCUAAACCAGACUCUACCCCUCUCUGGCUCUGCUCUCCUCCCUCGCCAUCAAAACCCUUGUCCCCUCAAAAUCAUGCUCUCCUCUUCCGCCCUUCUCACCUUCUUCCCAAUCUCUACCCCUCUCUCCCGCAGAAAUACCCUAGUCGGAGCUAACCACACCUCCGCUCGCUUCUGCUCCCGGUAGCAAUUUUAGGGCUUCCGAUUUCCUCCCCCUGUUUUUCCACUCUCUCUCCUUUCAAAAUCACUCAAUUCCUUCUUCUCGCACUGCAUUCAUGGAGGUCGGUGCGGGGAAGCCCAGCUUUCUGAGGAACAUUCUAGCGCGGGUGCUCCUCCUCGGUGUCUUACUCAUCGUCGUCCGUUUCGCCUACGUCGUCACCAUAACCGGGGAGUCUUGCAACGUCGGCAACUUCUGCUUCUUCCCCCUCCCGGAGAACUUCAAUUUCGUUGCCGGAACUGGAGUCGUCAACAAGGCCGUCCGAUCUCAGCCGGCUGGACAGUCGAGGAGUGAUCUCUACACAAGCAAAGACUGGAUCAAGUCCGUCCACUUCUACUCCUCCGUCUUCCAAGAUCUGAUCUCCGAAGGAUUCCUCUCCCCGGACUCCAAGUCUCUCUGCGUCGAGACGCCCUUCGGCCAGGAGGUCUUCGCUCUGAAGGAGAUUGGCGUUUCCGAUGCCGUUGGAAUUUACAAGAAGGCGUCGAAGCCGCUGGUGAUUUCCUCCAAAUUGAACCGCAUUCCGUUCGGCGGCGACACCUUCGACUUCAUUUUCUCUGGCGGAGGCCGAUUCGACGGGGUGUCUCGCCCGCUCGAUUUCGCAUCGGAGAUUUCCCGGACGCUGAAACCCGAAGGGUUUGCGGUGGUCCAUGUGAGGGCGAAUGAUACAUAUAGUUUUGAUUCAUUUCUUGAUUUAUUCAAUUCUUGUAAGCUGAUCCGGUCUCGCGAUGUCGACGGCUACGAUUCGUCGAUGCCGUACAUUCGAGAGAUCGUUCUGCAGAAACACAGUCAAAUUUUUCGCCGCCCGGGGAAAUCCCCUGCCGGCGGCGGUUCGGGAAAUAAGUGCUCGAUUCCUGGGCACAAGCUGGAGUUGGUCCGUGAUGCCGAGCCUCUUAUCAAACAGGAGCCACUCAAGCCAUGGAUUACACUGAAGAAGAAUAUAAACAACGUUAAGUAUUUACCAGCAAUGGCCGAUAUAAGCUUCAAGAACAGAUACGUGUAUGUAGAUGUUGGAGCAAGGAGCUAUGGUUCAAGCAUCGGGAGCUGGUUCAGGAAGCAAUACCCAAAGCAGAACAAGACCUUCGAGGUGUAUGCAGUUGAAGCUGACAAAACUUUCCAUGAGCAGUAUAAGCUGAAGAAAGGUGUCACGUUGCUGCCUUAUGCUGCUUGGGUGAAGAAUGAAACUUUGUCGUUUGAAGUCCAUCGGGAUCCUGGGGAACAGGUUUCGGAUAAAGGGAGAGGGAUGGGGAGGAUUCAACCGGUGAAAUCUUCUUCCUCUGGUGGGGGAUUCGAUGGAGUGGUUGAUGAGAUCGAAGGGUUUGAUUUCGCCCAGUGGUUGAAGAGGACGGUGACAGAGAAGGACUUCGUUGUGAUGAAGAUGGAUGUGGAAGGGACCGAGUUCGACUUGAUUCCGAGGUUGUUCAAAACUGGAACGAUUUGUUUGAUUGAUGAACUGUUUCUUGAAUGCCAUUACAAUAGGUGGCAGAGAUGUUGCCCUGGAGUGAGGAGCCCCAAAUACGAGAAGACGUAUGAGCAAUGCUUGGAUCUGUUCACUUCUCUAAGAGAAAGUGGAGUUCUUGUCCAUCAAUGGUGGUGACAAUUUGGGUAACGCUUUCAAUACUUGUUUUUGUAAAAGAAAAACCCCCCUUCGCGAUCUUCUUGUUGCCUGGAAUGCUUCAGUCAUAUUACUACAGUAGCUAAAAUAGUACUACUAGGUUUAGCAUCUUUUCUCUCUCUCUCUCUCUCUCUCAUUUCUACACAAUAUCUGCAAGUUUCAGCAGCAAAUGAAAGUUCAAAGUUCCGACUUCUUCAAAUACUUGUUUUCUUUCUUGGACUGUGAUGCGUGGUUAUGUUUGUACCACUUUGUUAUGUUCUGUGUAUAGAAAGAUGAACACCGAUAUUUGUAGUCUCUUGUCUUGUGCCAUUCCUUUUUCAGAUGAGUUUGGAUCAAAGAUGGACGUUCUUUGGAUGUUAGGAGGAGAAUCUUUUGGUGAGAUUGUUGUUAGGUACUUUUUAUAUUGGGGAAGGAUGAUGGAUACAAUGGUAGCUAUUCUGCUUUUUCAGUAUGGUAUGGUGAUGAAUGCUGCUCUCUGUGGUGUUGUCGAAUAGAUGGUGUCUAAAAGGCAUUGCAUUUGGGCUACACUGCACGUGUAGUUUCAGUUCUCUGAAUGCCCUCUAAUUGAACUGGAAUUUAUUGCUCGUCAAAGGAAGGCUUUCUUCUGCCUUGCUCAAACUGCCUAACCCAGAAUGAUUGCAGAAUCCAUUUAUUCACUGAACCUAGUGUCUUUUGAGCUAAGUGAGUAUAUUUUUGGUUGCUCUAAAUUUGAUUGGUGAAUGAUUUUUAAUAUCUUGGUUGGGAUUUGAUUCUGUGUAAUAUUGCUUGCUUCUUAUGGGAUGCAAGGGAUAACAUUCCUGAUGGUGAUGAAUUGUGUGAAAAGUUGGACUAGGGAUUCAGCGAGCCAUGUUAUGUAUGUGGGAAUCAAGGCAGGCACACAAACAAGAAAGUGUGAGAGUAGAGCGAUGAAAUCUUUCGUUUCAAUCCCAAAAGAUAAUCUCUAUUGCCGAGGUUGCUGUGCAUUUCCACACAUUCUUCCGCUUCCAACGAGGUUCAUUGCGAAAUAGCCGCAGCAUCCACCUUCAGUUGUAGAGAUUGUAGACACCACAUUUUGUCCGGAUUCUUCAUAUAAUUUAAAUUGGGAUAUUUGGUUCAUUUAAGUUGGAAAAUAAUAAUGAGUUUGACCUUGA